AUGCAGGUGAAAUUGAAUCUAUCUACUGCAUACCACCCGCAGACAGAUGGACAAACUGAGAAAGUCAAUCAGUGUGUUGAGAGGUAUUUGAGGUGUAUGGCAUUUCAGAAACCUCACAGAAAUACUGGUGGGGACAAUCUGGAUUGGGUAGCAUCAAGGGAAGCUAUGUUGACAACACUCAAAGAAAACCUCAGGCAGGCUCAAAAUCGAAUGAAGGUACAAAAGGAUAAAAGCAGGAGUGAGAGAGUACUGAAUGUAGGGGAUUGGGUAUAUCUUAAGAUCCAACCCUACAGGCAGGUUUCUGUGGCUGUCAGAAGGAACCUGAAACUAUCAGCUAAAUAUUAUGGGCCCUAUGAGGUGAUUGAGAGGAUUGGGGAAGUUGCUUAUAAGUUGUCCUUACCCUCAGGCACAUUACUACACCCUGUCUUCCAUGUAUCCCAGCUCAAAAAGAAGGUGGGAGAGGGAGUGGUAGUCCAAUUUGAUCCUCCAUCUGUGGGAAAAGAGGGGCAGAUACUAACAGCUCCCAUUGCAGUACAGGGAAAACGUCUGGUGAAGCAAAACAAUAGAGCAGUCACUGAGCUGCUAGUUCAAUGGGCCAACUUACCUCCAGAUAAAGCAACUUGGGAAGAAUAUCACCACCUCAAGAGCCAAUUCCCUUCUUUUGAUCCUUGGGGACAAGGAUCCUCUGAAGGUGGGGGUGGUGUUAUGACCUUGGAAAGUGGCAGUAAAUAA